GUUGGUGUCGCGGGUAGGGGUAGGGGGCGGCCAGCUUAGAGGCUGCAGCGCGGCGCGCCUCUCAGUAGCAUCGCCGCCUGCCAACUGGGUACACCUUCCAGCUGAGAGCCACGUGCUGCAGCAGACAUCUCGCCGACGUGCAGGGACCAGCGACUCCAACUGUCAGCUACGCGCAGCGCGAGAGACGUCACGCCUCUCCCAGAGAAGAUGGCCCGGCCGUUCUUUGUCCCGCCUACUGAUGAGGACAUAAUCGAAUACUAUCGCAUCCUAGACCAGCUGCUUAGCGAUCUCAUGGACAUCCUGAACGUGAUAUUCAGAGGACGCCGUCGCCUGUCCGAGCCAACAAUCAGACGUGGCGGUCGCUGGCUGCGGCAGCCGGCUGGCCUGCCGGACGUGGUGGCCGACGCGGUGCGCGCCGCUCACCAGCCGGGGGACGCGCGCCUGUGCCGCCGCGUCGUGCAGUCCGUCGACAAGCUGUCCUCCUGCUACUACGACGUCAGCCUCCAGCUGCACCUCAUUGCAGAGUCCUUCCGCUGCAGGCUGCAGCAGGAGGCUGAGAAGACGCGGGAGCCGUCAGCAGUGGUCAGCGGCGGUCUGGCCGGCGGCAGCAGCAUGGGCGGCGGGGGCGGCGGGGGUGUGAGCGUGGGCGGCGCCUCGCUGCUGGGACGCCUGGUUCCCCCACAGUACGGCCGUCCCGUGUGCUGGACCGUCAUCGCACUCUACGUGGGGUGGCGCAUCAUCUGCUCACGAUGAGCCGUGCCGCGGGCCACCACCCUCUAGUCUUUAAGUUCUACUUUCUAAGUCUCAUUUCAUUUUAGUUCUUAUCGUUAUGAGUGGAGAUGAUCUCCUAACGUGUCUCCCUGAGACAGUUUCAGUGAUUACUUGUUUGUUUUACGUAUCUGUAUUAGAGAACUAUUCGUUCGAUUUGUAUCUGUAAUUCCCAGUGAUCUCCUUAGGUUAAGCUUUACGGGUCGUGUACUGAAUCUCACGAUAGUUUUCAGAAGUGGUAAAAUGUGCUCCGAAUUUUAUACAAUUAUCACUUCUUGCAUUCAGUGCAUUGCUUACAUAAAUCGUAAUUUUUUUGAUUACAGUGUGUGUUUACAUGUCUACUUAUCGCUUAGCUGUAGUACAGAUUUCUUUUUAGUGCUUAGAUACGUUUUGUUUUGCAACUCUAUUGUAAUUAUGGGUUAUGACCGUAUAUAAAAGUAUAUAAAUAUAUAUAAUAAAUCGCAAGUAAAGCUGUUCGAUUACGUAAAUGGAACAUUGUAUAUUGUGUUGUGGAACAUUCCUAAUGUAAAACUGAAUAAUUAUUGUGUAUUUUUUUAAUUGUGCAAAAAGGUUCCAAUACCUUUUUUUAGAGUUUUCAUAUGAUCUCUUACGCGUAGUUGUAGACAUAGCUGCGUGUACAAUGGGUGACGUUGUAGCAGUAUCCCAAAGCAUUGCAGCUCCGCUAGUUUGUAACUUAUAUUUUUGUGUGAGAGAAAGUCUUCUCUUUUGUAAGUUGACCUCGGAGUAACACGUCACAGCAGAGGGCAGACAUGAAAUCUCAGAGGAAUUUCGUCGUAUUUUAAGCUAUGCAGUUCAUUUCUUCAAAUUUCAUUGCUCUAAUUAUUGUAUAUAGACAAUUCAGUGAGAGAGUACUUUAUGUGUAAUUAAGGUUUUGAAACUGCACUUACAGGUAUUGUUGGGUGAGGCAGCAAGACAUUUUGUUCUACACUAGAUGUCCUUUGUAAAUUUUGUUGCUGAAGAAAACAUAUUCCUUCACCAUUAUGUUAUCUACAAAAGUUGUAAGCACAGUACAUAGAGCUCCAUUUCAUACUGACGGGACUAUUUUCAUUUUGGAAUACACAAAUUAAUAGCCUUUAACUAAUUUAUUGAAAUAUUUGUGCCACAUUAUCGAGACUUCAUGCAAAAAUUUUUUGCAAACAACUUUUGUCUUCUCUUCAUUUCUUUAAUCUUUUCCAUUUACCUUCAUCCACCAUUUACCUUACAGAAUUGGUAACUUAUAUGAAAUUGUCACCAGUAAAUCCUGGACUGAUUAUAACUUAAUUAUUAAGUACU